AUGCUUUUUGCUACUAAAUUAGAUAAUGAAAUUUAUCAACCUUGGAAAGAAUACUAUAUUAAUUACAAUCAUUUAAAGAAAUUAUUAAAGGAAGGAGUAAUUCUUAAAGAUAAUUGGACUGAAAAGGAUGAACAAAAUUUUGUUUCUGCUUUAGAUGAAAAUUUAGAAAAAGUAUAUACUUUUCAACAUAAUAAAUUUGAUGAAUUAAAUGAUAAAUUAAAUGAUUUACAAUUAGAAACUGAAAAUUCAACUAGUGAAUUUAAUGUUGAAACUUUUUCAACAAAAUUAGAUGAUAUUUUAUCAAUUACUCAAGAAUUAGAACAUUUUCAAAGAUUAAAUUAUACUGGAUUUAUUAAAAUUGUUAAAAAGCAUGAUAGAAUUCAUUCAAAUUAUUCAGUUAAACCUUUAUUAAAUGUUAGAUUAAAAAGUUUACCAUUUCAUUCAGAAGAUUAUUCUCCUUUAAUUUAUAAAGUUGGAACACUUUUCCAAUUUUUAAGAGAUAAUUAUAAUGUUGAUCAAUCACUUUCAAAAUUAUCAUCAUUUAAUGAUUCUGGUUUAAAUGCAGAAUUUCAAUCAUUUAAAUUUUGGGUUCAUCCUGAUAAUUUAAUGGAAGUUAAAACUACUAUUUUAAGACAUUUACCAGUUUUAAUUUAUAGAUCUGAAGGUCAUCAAACUGGUGAUCUUGAUGUUGAUAAUUUUGAUGAUGAUGAUGAUGAAGAUGAUGAUGAUCCAUAUUCAACUAAUAAUAUUUCAAAUCAAACAAUUAAUUGUAUUUAUUUUGAUAAUGAUCAUUUUGAAUUAUAUAAUAAUAAAUUAACAAAAAUUAAUAAUUCUUCAACUUUAAGAAUUAAAUGGAUUGGUAAAUUAUUAGAUAAACCAAAAAUUAUUAUGGAAAAGAAACAAUUUGAUGCUAAUUCAAAUUUUAAUGUUGAUGAUAAAUUAAUUGUUAAACAAAAAUAUCUUAAUCAAUUUGUUAUUCAAAAGGAAAUUCCAAAUAAAUUAAAAAAACUUAAUGAAGAAUCUCAUGUUCAACAUGUUUUAGAUUUUAUUAAGGAUUCAAAUUUACAACCAGUUUUAAGAACAACUUAUAAUAGAACUGCUUUUCAAAUUCCUGGAGAUGAUAAAAUUAGAAUUAUUAUUGAUUCUAAUUUAACAUUUAUUAGAGAAGAUGCUUUUGAUCCUCAAUUACCCAUUAGAGAUCCAUCAAAUUGGCAUAGAUUAGAUAUUGAUUCAAAUCCAAAUAAAUCUCAACAAUUUUUAAGAAAGGGAGAAUUUUCAAAAUUUCCUUAUUCAACUAUGGAAAUUAAAAUUAAGAAAUCGGCAGCAAAGAAUUUUAGAAAAUUAAAUUGGAUUAAUGAAUUAAUUUAUUCAUCAAAUUUAAUUAAAGAAAUUCCAAAUUUUUCAAAAUUUAUUCAUGGAGUUGCUUCAUUAUUUCUUGAAGAUGAUAAAUUAGAUAAUAUUCCACUUUGGUUUAAUGAAUUAGAAAAUGAUAUUUCAAAUACUUCUUAUGUACCACUUAAACCAAAGAUUCAACCUCCAACCACUUCAAUUGCUGAUGAUUUAUCAAAUGAAGAUAAUUUAUCUAAAUUUAAAGAAAUGAUUCUUAAAAAUAAUAAAUCAAAUUUUCAACCAAGAUCAGCUUCAUUUUCAGGUUCAUUAUUAUUAAAUUAUGGUAAUGUUAAUAUUGAUGAUGAUUCAAUUGAAACUCCUCAAAAUGUUCAACCAAUUGCUGAAGAAGAAAUUAAUGCUGGUGCAACUACAGCAACAACAGAUGAUCAAUCAAGUGAUUUUGAUGAUGAAGAUGAUGAAGAUGAAGAUCUUAGAAGUAGAUCACAAAUUUCUCGAUUCUUUAAUUUACCAACUCAAUUUGCUAAAUUAAUUGAUGUUGAUAGUGAAGAAGAAGAAGUUGAAUUACCAAUUGGAGUUACAAAACCUGAUUCAUGGAUUAAAAAUGCUGGACCAUUAAAAAUUGAACCAAAAGUAUGGUUAGCAAAUGAAAGAACUUUUAAUAGAUGGUUACAUGUUACAACUUUAUUAUCAGGUUUAACAUUUAUUAUUUAUAAUUCUUCAUUAAAUUCUAAUUUUGAAGGUUUAUCAAACUUUUUAGCAUACUUUUAUUUUGUAUUGACAUUAUUCUCAGGAAUUUGGGGUUAUUAUAUCUUUAUGAAAAGAAGAACCGUCAUUAUGGAAAGAUCAGAUAGUCAUUUAGAUAAUUCUCUUGGUCCAUUAAUUGUAGCUGCUGGAUUAAUUAUUGCUCUUGUCAUUAAUUUUAUCUUUGGAUGGAAAAAAUUGGAUUUACAAUUCGAUGAUGAAUUUUAUUCUAACAAUGAUUUCCAUAGAAAUAUUCAUGAAUAUGUUGUCAAGUUGGUUAAUUAG